AUGGCAGGUCGCCCGUUGCUGGCCCCGGCCGUCACGCUGCGUCCUCCUGGACCGGCGUUGGGCUCGAGGGCCUCGCUAUACGUCGGCGACCUAGAUGAUGGCGUGGCGGAGGGGCAUAUCUAUGCCCUGUUCUGCCAGGUGGCGCCCGUGGCGUCCCUCCGUGUCUGCCGGGACGUCACUGGCAGGUCACUUGGUUACGCCUACGUGAAUUUCUACAGUCGGGAGGACGCCCAACGUGCAUUAGACUCUUUAAAUUUUACCCCUGCCAACGGGAAGCAUAUCCGAGUUAUGUUCUCGAAUAGGGACCCAACGCUGCGAUUGAGUGGAAAGGCCAAUAUAUUCAUAAAAAAUCUUGUGCCAAAUAUUGAUGGCAAGAGCUUGAGUGAUAUGUUUGGUCGCUAUGGCACUAUACUAUCAUGCAAAGUGGCCACUCACUUUAACGGUCAAUCAAAAGGGUACGGAUUUGUUCAGUUUGCAGAGGAGACAUCUGCCAAUGAUGCCAUCGACAGCUUGAAUGGCAAGUUGGUGAAUGGCAAACGAAUUUUUGUAGGUCUCUUCAUUCGUCGUCAGGAGAGGCAGCCAAAUAUCAGCUUGAGUAAUUAUACAAAUGUAUAUGUGAAGAACUUGCCAAAGGAAUUCACUCACAAUGACCUUCUCCAAGAGUUUGGCCCAUUCGGUACAAUUACUAGCGCUGUAAUCAUGAGAGAUAGUGAUGGAAUAUCCAAAUGCUUCGGAUUCGUUAACUAUCGGGAAUCAGAAUGUGCUGCAGAAGCUGUGAAAAGUCUUAACGGGAAGAUGAUUAAGGAUACAAUUUUGUAUGUUGGAAGAGCUCAGAAAAAGUCAGAAAGAAAAGCAAAACUGAAAGAAAACUUUGAGCAUGCGAGAAAUGAGAAAUUCAAAAAGUUUGAAGGGCUCAAUCUAUACGUUAAGAAUCUAGAUGAUAGUAUCAAUGAUCUAAAUCUUAGAGGGUUAUUUGAAUUUUUUGGUGAGAUAGGAUCAUGCAAGGUUAUGGUUGAUUCACAAGGAAGGAGCAAGGGUUAUGGCUUUGUGUCAUUUACAACUAUUGAAGCUAUUGACGGGAUGAACAGGAAGAUAGUCGGCAAAAAGCCAUUGUAUGUUGGUGUAGCUCAACGCAAAGAGGAAAGACGAGCGAUGCUAGUGAACGCAGGAGUUCUAGCACCCGCAGUACCACAAAAUUUUGCUCCCCAUCAGUUCUACGUCGGUCCAGGAGUGCCUGGCAUGUUCCCACCACAGAUGGUGUACCCAAAUGCCAACCAAGCUUUCACAUACAUGCCAAAUUCAAUGAAUGUGAAUGUCAACUCUGUGAUGGUUCCCCCGGGCUUCGCACAUAUUGAUAGUACUGUCUCUACUCCAUCUGUUCCAAGCAAGAACACCACCACCACUGCUGUAGAUUCUUCUGACCCAGAGAAACAACAUCUCCUUAAGCCAGAAUUAGGAGGGAAGGUGACAGGGAUGCUGGGUGAAGCAAUGGAAGCCCUGCAACGAAGGAAAGUGGAAGAUGCCAGCGAUACUGUUGACCUCGCGUCCGUACCAUCCACCUCGACCUUGAGUGCUAGCAGAGAUGCUAUUGACCCCACUUCCACAACGUCGUCCUCGAGUGCUUCCGCUGAUGGUGCUAACCUUGCUCCGGCACCGUCAUCCUCGAGUGCUUGAUUGCUAGUUCCUAAUAUCUCUAUCAA